AUGAAUCCAGUUCUAGCCAAUUGCGAACUAGCCGGGGCUUGGUGUAGUGACCGUCCUUCUGUCAGCCCAUGGAUACAGGUUGACUUCAAUGCCACCGUCACUAUCACUGGCGUGAUCACCCAGGGACGUGCUGAAACGGAGAAACGACACUAUGUGACGAAGUACCAAGUGGCUUACAGCGAUGGACAGUCCUGGAAUAACUUGACUGAUGCCAACGGAACAGCUAUAACGUUCACCGGUAACGAGAGACAGCACAGUCACGUGACCGCUCAUUUCCCGAUGGCCUUGCGUACCAGAAUCCUGCGUAUUCUGGCCAUCGAAUGGUACACCAACUGCUGCAUGAGGUUUGAACUGUUGGGUUGCUAUUAAUAGUACCGGUACGGAUUUUUUUUUUUUAGCAAUAGAGGGCGCUGUUACGUCAUUUGCGACUAACGCUCCUACAAAACCUGGACAUAGAUGACCACUAUUGUUUUUUUAAGGUCUAGGCAUUUUUCAAAUUAUUGAGGUAUUCAGCUUCAAAACUGAUCUGCUUGAUGGGUUGUAUUCAUAUUUUGGGAGGUGUACAUUACAGUUCCUGAUUCAGAAAAGGGAUUGGAUUAUUUACAGUAGAUUUGCACAUAACUUAUGAUAUACAUCAAGCCUCCAAAAGCUGAGUCCCCAGUCGUUUUAUUAAUUCAUUCUACCUUUAUUUAUUAGCUAAACAUGUAAAUACAUGUAGAAUUGGGACAAUCUUAGCAUAUUGGAUACUAUUCUCGAUAUUACAUGUUAGAUUGAAAGCCUCUAUUCCUUACUAUAGCUUCAAUGAUCUUUGUAUUACUAGGCUAUAUUUUACAUAAUUAUACACAUGCCGUUUGAGAAAU